CUGUAGGUGGAGCACCGUCCGUCUCCUCCUGCGAGGUUGCCUCACAACACGCGCCCACCUCUCCCUCUCACCCUUCACGUCUUACCUUAAUCUCUUCAAACCAUUUACAUCCUUUAACUAUACCGAUGAAGGCCCCUAAUAACUAAAACCUAUACUUCUAAAAGUUAAAAAAAAAAAAAGUGCAAUACACAUUUUUUUGAAAAAUAUUAAAAUUACAGUAUAAGAUAAACAAAAAUCACAGUAGUUACAAAAAAAAUUAUCGCGUUUACGGUUUUUCACUGUAAAUACGCCAGACGAAAGUGUAAUCGUGGGGAAAGGUACUUAGGAUGCAGGCCAGGCCGCCGCCUCACUAAGUCCCACCUUCAGAGCACCAUAAAUAAGGCACUUGGCAGACAAUACCCGGAAAAGUGUUUCCGCUGGGGGGGUGGGGGGAAGCAGGGUACUUGGAGUCUGGUGUUGGACGCCUCCCUGUGGAGGCUGUGAAGCGAGGGUGCCAGAAUACUGGAAGACUGGUGGAGGCGUCCCCUCCCUGCGGAGGCUGUGAGGUGGAGGUGCCAGUGUACCGGGAAGUUGGUGGACAACUUUUCCUUUUGGAGGACUCGUCCUUGUGGAGGUUGUGAGGUGGAGGUGCCAGGGUACCUGGAGGCUGGUGGAGAACGCCUCCCUCUGGAGGUUGAGGUGGAGGUGCCAGCAUGGAGUGUAGCAGAAGUAUCAUCAUCACCUGGGUACUGCUGGCUGCUCUGCUCCUCCAAGGGUUGAGAGGUAUCAAGAUCACCAGGGUAUCAGUACCUGCCAUGCUGGAGGUGGGAGGAAACGGUGACCUGGACUGCUCGUGGGAGGAGGACACAGAUCACAUGUACUCCAUCAAGUGGUACCAGGGAGCUCAUGAGUUCUACCGCUACACCCCCACCUUCAGGAACCCCAUCCAGGUCUUUCCUCUUCCCACCCUCGAUGUUGAUCUAGAGAAGUCAUGGGGUGGCAGUGUGCGGAUAACGAACGUCAGUCUAGCAGCUGAGGGUCCUUUCCACUGUGAGGUGUCAGCAGACGGGCCUACCUUCCACACCGCCUCUGAUUCAGCCUCUCUCACCGUCGUGGACCUGCCAGACGAGGAACCAGCGAUUAAGGGAGUCAGGAGCUACUACCCGCCAGGAAGCUGGGUUGAUAUAACAUGUAUCUCCCUCAGAUCGAAGCCGCCACCUAUCCUCGCCUUCACGAUAAAUAAACAACCUGUAAGUCUGUACUCCUCUCGGUAUAAUACAGAAGGGCCUCGCUUAUACAACAGGAUCCCCGGAAGGCUGGAGCCGCAGUUUGACCAGACAGACGACAGGGCUGAACCACUUCGAAAGCUGCGGCUUGGGGUUCCUCCUGCGUCAGCGCCUCCUGGAGGAAGGAGAACUGCGGCACUCGGCCGUGGCACUCAUCCCUGGUACUCUUCCUCCUGCUGUUGCUUUCUCUCGUGGCAUCUAAGUCACUCCUCUGAGACGCCUUGCCAGUCACCACUAGGAGAUAUUGCCUACACCUCACAGCAGCAGGGAGCUCCUGCAGAGCAACAGCAGCAGUAG